CAGCUGCUAUGAGACCUUACACAGUCGGGGUCCUGGCCCUGACCGUCCUGGUGUCCGUGACGGGAAGACCUCAUGCUGCAGGAAGCGGCUUUGGAGGUGGUGGAGGAUUUGGAGGUGGUGGAGGAUUUGGAGGUGGUGGAGGAUUUGGAGGAGGAGGAGGAUUUGGAGGAGGAGGAGGAGGUGGUGGCAUUGGAGGUGGUGGAGGUUUUGGAGGUGGUGGAUUAGGAGGAGGAGGAGGUGGCAUUGGUAAUGGAAAAGGAGUAGGAGGCGGUGGUGGAAUUGGAGGAGGUGGAGACUUGGAGGAGGAGGAGGUGGUGGUAUUGGAGGAGGAGGAGGAGGUGGAGGACUUGGAGGAGGUAAAGGACAUGGAGGAGGUGGAGGACUUGGAGGAGGUGGAGGACUUGGAGGAGGUGGAGGACAUGGAGGAGGUGGAGGACUUGGAGGAGGUGGAGGACUUGGAGGAGGUGGAGGACUUGGAGGAGGUGGAGGACUUGGAGGAGGUGGAGGACUUGGAGGAGGUGGAGGACAUGGAGGAGGUGUAGGACUUGGAGGAGGUGGAGGACUUGGAGGAGGUGGAGGACUUGGAGGAGG